AUGUCACAAUCUUUACGUCCAUAUCUUACUGCAGUCCGCUAUUCGCUGCAAGCAGCCCUCAACUUGACCAAUUUUUCAUCCCAGGUGGUCGAAAGACAUAACAGGCCCGAAGUAGAGGUCCCCAACACGAGUGCAGAACUGUUGUUGCAACCCAUGCAUGUUUCACGUAAUGAACAUGAGCAAGUGUUGAUAGAACCUAGCGUCAACUCCGUCAGGGUCAGCAUCAAAGUCAAACAGGCAGACGAAAUUGAACAAAUCUUGGUCCACAAGUUUACGCGGUUUUUGGAACAGCGGGCAGAGUCGUUCUACGUGUUGAGACGGGUGCCCAUCGAAGGUUUCAGUAUUUCGUUUUUGAUCACAAACAAGCACACCGAGAGCAUGAACACCGAAAAACUUGUGGAUUUUAUAAUCGAGUUCAUGGAAGAGGUCGACAAGGAGAUCAGUGAAAUGAAGCUGUUCUUGAAUGCUAGGGCCCGUUUUGUUGCUGAGGCUUACCUUGGAGAGUUUGUCUACUGA